AUGUUGUUCCUCUUUUUGUCACUCUCCAUUUUAUUUCGAUUUUCGUUAGCGGGGAGUUUCGACUCGAAAGAGUUCAAGGAUUUUCAAUGGCAGAUCGAAAUUGACCGCAAUCCGGCCGGAUUCCCGACGGGGAAAGCCUUGGAAAAGAUCAAUCUUAACGAUGAUCAAGAGAUCGGCUUGAAGAUUAUCGGAAAGUUGCCAAAAGAAACCGAUCAAGGCUAUCUCUUCAUCACGAGCAAGAGCGGGCAACGGUUCGCGUGCUCGUUACCGGAGAAGCCAGCGCCAAAGGCUCCAAUCUCUUACGAUUCUCUGAAUCCGAGGUAUGUGGCUGAAAUUGUAUCGGCUGCUUUUUACGUCAAAGGAUGUCUGGAAAAGGGUACCGGCUGGUGGUCGUACGAGUUUUGCCGCGGAAAGCAGAUCACCCAAUUUCACUCGACUCCGCAAAAGCCUGGAUAUGUCGAGUAUUCUCUGGGAAUCGCUACGGGCACAUUCCGAAUGCCAGAGUUCACUCAUUCAACCCAAGAUCAG